CCCGGCUCCGUGCCCCCCCCCCCCCCCCCCCACCAUGGCGGGCCGAGGCCGGGGCCGGGGCCGCGGGCAGCUGACCUUCAACGUGGAGGCCGUGGGCAUCGGCAAGGGGGACGCGCUGCCCCCCCCCACCCUGCAGCCCUCCCCCCUCUUCCCGCCCGUGGAGUACCGCCCGGUGCCGCUGCCGGGGGGCGAGGAGCUGGAGUACAUGCUGGCCCUCAAGCAGGAGCUGCGCGGCGCCAUGAAGAACCUGCCCUACUUCGUCAAACCCGGGGCGCCCCGCAGGGACAUCGAGCGCUACUCGGACAAGUACCAGGUCUCCAGCCCCGUUGACGGCGCCAUCGAUUGGAACCCAGACUGGAGGCGGCUGCCGCGGGAGCUGAAGAUCCGGGUGCGGAGGCUGCGGAAAGGCCGGACCACCGUCCUCGUCCCCAAGAGCAAGCAGCGGGUGGCGCUCGACAAGGAGGAGGCCAUUAAGAAGCUGGAGAGCCUGGAGAAGAAGGAGGAGGAGGUGACGUCGGAGGAGGAAGAGGAGAAGGAGGAGGAGGAGGAAGGCAAGGAAGAGGAGGAAGAGGAGUACGACGAGGAGGAGCACGAGGAGGAGACCGACUACAUCAUGUCCUACUUCGACAACGGGGAGGACUUCGGCGGCGACAGCGACGACAACAUGGACGAGGCCGUUUACUGAGCGCCCCCCCCCCGGGACACCGGGGGGCCCGGCGCCCCCCCCCCCCCCCCCAGCCCACCCCCACGGGGGGGUCCCAGUGCCUCCCAGCACACCCCCGUACUGGGGACCCCAGUGCUCCCAGUCAGGGCGGCCGGCAGGUGGCACUUGUGCUCCAGGGACGGGUGCCGCGGCCGCAGCACCGGGUGCCCCCCCCCCCCCCCCCAGGAUGGUAAUGGGGGGGGG